AUGCGGUACAGUACAAUGAUGGUUGACGUUUUCUACGAUUCUUCAUUACCCCACAUGCCUGUCUUUCGGCUACCCUUUGAAAUCAUCACCAACAUAUCAGGCCAAUUGAACACCAAAGACAAAUACCAAUGCGCUCUUGUCUGUCGAGCGUGGCGAACCCCUUUUACUGAAUCACUAUGGAGAAAAGUCAAGAUACAUUCUGAAAUACAGCUAGAAGCCUUCUGCAGCUCUCUCUCCACCAUCACACCUGCCCAGAAAAGUCCUGCCCGUUUAGUCAAACAACUCGCACUACGUCCUUAUAUCGGCGCGAGCAACGCACAACUUCACUUACUGCAGCAACACCUAACCUUCAUUGACCGACUUUGGGUUGAUGACGAGAGCCUGAUCAGGACCUGUAGCAUUAAGAAUAUGCAUUGGGGACUGUGGAAAUGUCUGACGAAACUAGAUUUCCAUGUGCCAUCGACUGACUUUAGCACCAAAGAAGUUCUCGAAAUCCUUUCCUAUCUGCCAAACCUUACACAACUAAGUCUCGGGGAGCGGUAUCUAUUCACGUCUUCUUCUUUUAGUAUCCAAGACAUGGAAACCACACACUCUUACCUACCGCGGCUCGAGAAACUAUCCAUAAACACCGAGCUCCGACAGAUAUCCACACAAGACAUGGACUGGAUCAAAAAUGUCGUGCCAGCAAAAGCACUGACCUUUCUGGAAUUCGACAGCACCUAUGCGACAUCCGAAUGGCUUUACUACUGUGCCCACAAGUACCCCAACAUAAGCCUGAUGAAGUGGUCAGCCGGGGAUCAGGAUAUCGAAAGACCAACCUUUGAGGACACGGUAUCAAAGAAGAUUUCAGUUUUGAGAAAUGCAUUCCAACGACUAGAAAAGGUCACGAUUGAGUGCGACAGUGAACAAGUCCGACUCCACCAAGUGUUCCUAAAGAUCCUUUUGAGCCAGAAUGCGCUCUUGAAAGACUUUACGUAUUCGAUGGACACGACAUACAGCAAGGUGUACUAUACAGCCGAGUUUAUUAAGAAGCUGAUGAGAUGCUUUGGAAUGUCUCUCGAGACCCUGACUCUGGAUAUCACCGCCAACCUCAAUGACCAACUGGUGAUCUCAAGGUCAUUUUUGCCAUGUCCUCGGCUGGUAGAGUUGAAGCUGAGGCUGUUGUCAUUGGAACUCGAAUUGGACAUCAUUCUCGAUCUGUGUCCGGUUUUAAAAAAGCUCGAUGUGGCUGUGAAUGUGCUGAGUAUAAGUCCAGAUAGCUCAGAGCAACUCCAGCCACAUGAUCUCCGGUUUCUGCGGAUCUCGGGUGCAAAGGCCAGUGCGACUCUGUUCAAUUAUGUGUCCUGGCGCUGUCGAGAUUUACAAACGUUGGAUCUGUGUGGUCUGCGGGUGUCUGAGCAGAUAUCUGCUCUGACAGGGAACUUUCGGAUAUACAUGCCUUAUAGUCAUUUUGAGGUCUUGAAGCUUGAGAACAUACACUUUUACAGAUCGAGUAGCUACAGGACAUGCAGCGAGCGAAACCGGGUCCGGCUUGUGUCGUUUGCCCAAGAGAGUCCACACCAGAAUUCGACCGGGCUUGAGGUUAAUAGGAAUUGGCUGAUGAAUGAUCCACCCAAAGGGAAGGCAGACUGGUUCUAUCAAUGUUUUGCUGCUAACAAGUUUUCACCAUUGUAUACUUGGCAGAAACUUGUGGGAGAAGAGAUUGAAUACACAAAGAACUAUUUUAGGACAUUUGUGCACGACCCUCUGUGUGAGAGCCAUGUUGUGGAAAGCCCGAUGUGCAAAGGAUGUGCGAUAUGGAAACACCAUAGUAACAGAGAUAAGUGGAAACAUGACCUUCCUCUAGGAUAUGUCAAUUUACGUUGUGGUUCUGCCAAAGCUUUUAUUUUUAAAAGCGGAAGCUCUCUUAAGAAAUAA